GAAUUUCUUUUAGACUGACUUCAAAUCCUACAGAUCAUGACAAUAACUCUCACGUAUUGGUCUGUUAGAGGCCUGGCUGAACCUAUCAGACACAUCCUGCGAUACCAAGACGAGCCCUGGGAGGAGAACACCCUACAAAUAAGUAACGAGGGGUUUGGGGACUGGAUGAAAAUGAGAGAUGCGGAUGAUAUGCCUUUUGGAAACCUGCCUUUCAUUGAGGAUGACGGCAAGAAAGUAACUCAGAGCAUAACUAUCAUGAGGUAUCUCGGAAGGAAGUUUGGUAUGUUUCCAACUGACCCGGAUGACAUUGUCCUUGCUGAGAUAGUUGAACAGGAGCUAUUCGACCUGCGUAACAAGAUGAGCAGCGCUUGUUACAACCCUUACAAUGCUUUUGGCCCUUUCCCCGGUUCAGAAAUAGGCAAGUUCGACCACGAGUUCCUGAAGGGUCGAUUUGCUCAGCGAGUCAGCGAGAGGGUUCCCAAGUUUAAUAAGAUCCUGACCAAGCCCUUCUUGCUCGGAGACAAACCUUGUUAUGUGGACUUUCUCUUGUACGAGUUUCUCGAUCAUCUGAAGAGUUUCGUGCCCCAUACAUUUGAAGGAAAUGAUAACGUGCUCGCCUUUAUGAAGAGGUUUGAGGAACUGCCAAAUCUGAAGGAAUGGUUUGAAAGUGAAAAGUACAAAGAAGGGAACUACAUUAACGCUCCCAUGGCAGCCUGGCAUGGCGGAAAGAAAGAAUGAUAAAGAUCAUUUCCAAAAUACUGUAAUUUUUCUUGUACCAUUUUCUAAUUGUAACGAUUAUUUGACCAUAAAAUUUGUUACUAAAAUACUCAUUGUAAGAUUGUAGCCUAUAAGUAUAAUAAUUAGAUUUUCAUCAUUAUAUCAUCAAAUAUUGUUGAAAGAUUGUAAAAUUUUAAGCAAUGUUAUAUGUAUAUUAUAAAAACAUCUUAUUAACUCAAGAUA